GUUGACAACAAGAGGAAAGUGGGGAAAGUGCGUUAGGUGAAAAUAAAAAAAUAUAUUUUAAAUGUAUAUGAACUAAGAAAAUAAUUACUACAAUCAUAUAAUUUAAAACCUUUAUUUACGAAGCUUAAUUCAAUCAUGCAGUUAACAUAAUAGUUUGCGUUAAUUCGAGAUCUUUAAGUGAAAAUGAGCAGACCUAAAAGAAAUCCUGGUCCUCUGCCACCGAGGUGGCUACAUUGUCCCAGAAAAUCGGAGAAUCUGAUCGUAGGCAAGUUCAUGGCUUUAAAAACACCCCUGAGUUCUGAUUUUGACGAUCAAGUGCCGCAAGAUUGUAGAUUUGACCCUAAAAUGAUAUUCAGCUAUGCUAAAGUGAAAAAGAUCAAAUUCGGUUUAUGGAUUGAUUUAACAAACACAACUAGGUUUUAUAACAAGAAAGUAAUAGAAGGAUUCGAUUGUAAAUAUGUGAAGCUGCAGUGCAGAGGCCAUGGAGAAACUCCUUCACUUGAACAAACCGAAACUUUUGUUGAGCUCGUUCAUAAUUUUAUUUCAAGAUAUCCUUUAGAUAGUAUUGCUGUACAUUGCACACAUGGGUUUAACAGAACUGGGUUCCUCAUUGUUUCGUAUAUGGUCAAAAGAAUGGAUUAUGGUGUCGAAAAGGCUUUAGGAAUGUUUGCAGAAUCCAGACCGGUAGGUAUAUAUAAGGAGGAUUAUAUAAUGGAAUUGUAUAGAAGGUAUGAUGAUGUAGAAGAUGCACCACCACCUCCACCUCUUCCUGAUUGGUGCCUGGAAAGUGAUGAUACAAAUGGAAAUGAUCUUAAUGAUUAUGAUGAUCCAAGAGAACAAGGAGCAUCGACCUCUUCAAAACUCCCUGAGGGAAUACCGCAUACUAAAAAGUAUAGAAACAAUGAGAAACCCAAAUUCAUGGAAGGUGUACCCGGCGUGCACCUUUUCGAGGCACAACCCAAAGCUCAUCAAUUACAAAGGAAAGUACAAGUUAUGUGCGAUUGGAAAAGCAAAGGUUUCCCAGGAAGCCAGCCGGUUUCCAUGGACGUUACAAAUCUCAAAUUUUUACAGGAAAAACCCUACAGAGUUUCCUGGAAGGCUGACGGUAUGAGGUACAUGAUGCUCAUCGAUGGUGAAGACGAAGUAUAUUUUUUCGAUAGAGAUCACAAUGUGUUUCAAGUGGAUCUUCUCAGAUUUGUUCAUAGGAAAGAUUUAAGGAAGCAUCUUAAAGAUACUCUAAUAGAUGGGGAAAUGGUAAUAGACAAAGUAAACGGAAAAGACAUUCCCAGGUACUUAGCGUACGACAUAGUCGUAUUCGAAGGUCAAAAAGUCGGCCAGAUGCCCUUCCAUCCGGUCCGGUUGCAAUGCUUGGAAAACGAAAUAAUCAAACCGCGAUAUUUCGCCAUGGAGAGCGGCAUCAUCAAGAAGGCGAACGAGCCGUUCAGCGUGAGAAAAAAAGAUUUUUGGCAAAUCACGCAGGCCGCUAGCUUGCUGGGCGAGAAGUUCGCUAGUACAUUGUCGCACGAACCGGACGGCCUUAUUUUUCAACCCUCCAAAGAGCCUUAUACGGCGGGUAGAUGUGAUGACGUGCUUAAAUGGAAACCGUUGAGUCUCAAUUCGGUCGAUUUUCGUUUAAAAAUCGUUACUGAAGGUGGUGAAGGGAAACUUCCAAAGAAAAAGGGUUAUUUAUACGUAGGUCAUCAACAUAGUCCUUUCGCACAAAUGAGGUACUCGAAGACAUUAAAAGACUUGGAUAAUAAAAUAAUCGAAUGCAAAUUCGAAGACCACCAAUGGAAAUUCAUGCGGGAACGAACGGACAAAUCUUUUCCGAAUAGUUCCGAUACGGCCAAAGCUGUGUGUGAAAGCAUCCAGAAUCCAGUCACGAAAGAAAUGCUCCUAGAAUUCAUAGAAAAAUACAGAUUCAACGACGAUUCGGAAAUGAUGCCGCCACCAUCGAAAAUGAUUAAAAGAUGAUCGAUUUAAUUUUUUUUUUUUUAGACAAAAACUUUAUUUAAUUUUUAUAAUACAAUUGUUUCUUAUUAUUUAUUUAACGUUAUUUUUAUAUAUAAAAGAAAUGUUAAAAUUAAGUUCCUUUGGCCAGGAAAGAAAGUCGUCUGGAAAAUUGAAAAUGAACCCGGAAAAUUCUCAAGUUUCUUUUCUGGCGCGCUACGAAAAUGUUUGUAUAAUUGGUGAUUUAAUAAUAAAAAAAAAGAAGAAACUUAACAACAUUUUUAAUUUAUCGCUUAACCUAAUAUCUCAGUCUCUCUUAUAGAAAUCGCUCGGUAAUUUCUUCAAAUACAUCAAAAUUAAACCUCGGAUUUGACAAUUGACAAAAGUGACAGGUUUCAUAAAAAAAAUGGAUUAUGUACUAAAAUUACGUUAAUUUUGAUAUAUUUGUUACAAAUUAUUUAUUUAAAAACGUUAUGAUUAAAAUUGGGCAAAAUAAUCGAUUUAUUUUUCUUGAAAAAUUAAUAAUCGAUUAUUUUUGAACAAUAUCAAUUAAACAAUUAUUUUAGAUUAAUCGAUUAUUUUCGAUUAAAGAUAGUUGGUGUAUUGGAUAGCGAUGUAUUCUUAUAUUAGGAUGAUUCAUAACUAUUAGGACAUAGGCUAGGGGCAGGUUAUUUGGACUAAAAUAUGGCCAAAUAUACCUUAAUAAAAUAUUACUGUGGAAUAAGAUACAGGGCGUUAAAUAAUAAUUAAUAAUAAUAGACUAUAAUCUCACAGCAAAAAUAAUUCAUUGACAAGAAAUGACAUAUGUAUUGAACACAAUUAUCUAACACUGCAAAGCACACUUUUCAUAAAUGAAUUAAUAUUUCUUUAAAUCCUCAUCCUAGACUUGUGAACUGUUCACCGAUAUUACGUAGAAAUUAUGUUUACAUCAUAUUUUCUAAUCAAAAACUCUUAAAAAGUUUCGUCAAAAAGCUAACAAUUUCCCCUGUAAGAAAAUGUGAAAUAAUACAUAAAAUAGUAUUUUCUUGUCCAAAGAUAUGCAAAAUUCAACUUUAAUGCCCUGUAUCUUAUUUCACAGUAAUAUUUUAUUAAGGUAUAUUUGGUGCUAUCGCCAUAUUUUGGUCCAAAUGACCUGUCCUUAGUCUAUGUCCCAAUACUUAUGAAUUACUCUGUAUUCAAAUACUGUUGACGUGCUCGAAGAGCACGUCGCAAUCUAUUAUA